AUGGCGGCGGCCGCGCGGAGGCGCCCGGCGGAGGUUGUUGUGACCUUUGAGGAUGUCGCCGUGUAUUUCUCCAGGAGAGAAUGGCACCUGCUUGUGGAGGCUCAGAGACGCCUGUAUCUCGAUGUGAUGCUGGAGAACUAUGCUCUUCUGUCAUCACUGGGUUGCUGCUGUGAACGAGAGGAUGUGGAGGCACCCAGUGAACAGAAUAUCACUGUAGGAGUCUCAAAGACUAUGAAUCUAAAGUCAACCCUGCCUUCCCAGAAUACCCACCCGUGUGAGAGUUGUGGGCGUGUCUUGAGAGACAUUUUCCUCUUGGUUGACCAGCAGGGAACCCAAAAGAGUACAACACUGCUGCGGUGUGGCGCAUGUGCAAUACCAUUUUAUUUCAGUGCACAGAGUCGCCAGCAACAGCAGCAGGACACAAGAAAGAACUCUUUCAGAAGCUGUGUGAACAGAGUCUCAGUUGCAAAAAGAUGCAAUUUCCAUGUGUUGUGGAAGCCUUCUGCCUCUAGUCAGGUUGGAAAAUGCUUCGUCGCCAGCACCAGAUAUCGUGAGCAGCAGGGUGCUAAUGCCAUGCAUAGGCAAAAUGAAAUCUCCAAGUCUGGAAUGAGUUUUAAAACUGCAAAAUAUUCCAUACUAAGAGAACGCAAGAAAGCCAUUGGCUGUGAUGACACACUUGUUGAGGACCAGAGAUUCGUUAUGGGAGGACCUUUUUCGUGUUGUGAAUGUGGGAGGUCUUUUACCAGAAUUUCUGCCCUCGAUGUUCAUCAGAGAGUUCACACUGGAGAAAGGCCUUAUAAGUGUGGCAAAUGUGGGAAAUCUUACACACAAAAAACUAGUCUCCAUAAUCAUCAGAAAGUUCACAGUGGAGAAAGGCCUUAUGAGUGCACUGAGUGUGGAAAAUCUUAUACCAAUAGCUCUGAGCUCAGUAUACACCGAAGAGAUCACACUGGAGAGAGGCCUUAUGAGUGCACUGAGUGUGGAAAAUCAUUUAAGAAAAAGAAUACAUUUAAUCGUCAUCAGCGAGUUCACACUGGAGAGAGGCCUUAUAAGUGUGGUGAAUGUGGGAAGUCUUACACCCGUCAAACUGGUCUCUGUUAUCAUCAGAAAACUCACACUGGAGAAAGGCCUUAUGAGUGCACUGAAUGUGGGAAAUCAUUUAAGGAAAAGACUAUCUUAUUUCGUCAUCAGCGUGUUCACACUGGAGAAAGGCCUUAUAAGUGUGGUGAAUGUGCGAAAUCUUACACGUGUUGCUCUAGUCUCCGUCAACAUCAGAGAGUUCACACUGGCGAAAGGCCUUAUAAGUGUGGUGAAUGCGGAAAAUCUUUUACCAGUAGGUCUGAUCUUAAUAAACAUCACAGAGUUCACACUGGAGAAAGGCCUUAUGAGUGCAGUGAAUGUGGAAAAUCUUUUAAGAGGAAAUAUGACUUUCAUUGUCAUCAGAGACUUCACCCUGGAGAAAAGCCUUAUGGGUGCAGUGAACAUGGAAACUCUUGAUCCUGUAACUCUUCCUUCCAUUUUCAUCAAAAUGUUCACACUGGUUAA